AUGUCUUGUGUUCAUUACAGGUUUCAGAGUCGACUCACCUACGACUCGCUCCAGUUUGAGGGCCUCAACAUCACUGUGGGAGAGCUGAAGCGGCAGAUCAUGAGGCGCGAGAGGCUGAAGUUCUGCCAGCUGAAGAUCAGCAAAGCCCAAACUGAUGAAGAAUACACAGAUGAUGAUGCUCUCAUCCCCAAAAACACAUCUGUCAUCAUCAGACGGGUCCCUGCGGCUGGACUGAAGUCCUCCAACAGAAGAUUUGUUGGCCAUCAAGCUGGACCAUCAGCUAAAUCUUCUCAAACAGGUGAUUCUUCACUCCUCUCACUGGAGCAGCUGUUGAAGACUGAGAAUCUGGCUGAGGCAAAGGCAUCAGAGGAGGACAAGCUGAAAGCGGCGAUGUACCAGUCCAGUCUGUGCUACUACUCCAGCAGGGCAGCAGCUCUGCUCCACACAAGCGCAUCCGGAGGAGCACAGGGAUUCCCCGCAGCUUCCUGUUGGAGGUGGACGACCCAAACCGAAAGGGAGUCAUGA